AUGGGCUUCCUCUCCUCGGCCAAGUCGCCAGCCGGCGACACCAACGACGUCACAGAGACCGUGCAAACCUCGCCCAGCCCUCGCGACACCGGCGAUGUCGCGGAUCACGACAAGAAAGAAGGAUCCGAUGGAGAAAACGGAUCUGAGGGUUACCAGGCCGGAGUGCGCGGUGUCGAAGCUGCUGCCACCGUGUGGACCAAAUGGCACCUUGUCGCUGCCUACACCUUCAUCUGGUUGAUCUACUUCGUCACCUCCACCGAGGAGGUUGUCGUGCGCGUCUUCAACCCCUACGUCACGAGCGCAUUCCAGCUGCACUCGUUGACCGCCGCCACGAACAUCAUGGCCAGCAUCAUCGGUGGCCUAUCGAAGCUGCCGCUCGCGAAGCUCCUCGACACGUGGGGUAGACCUCAAGGUCUCGCCUUGGCCCUGUUCCUCUGGAUUAUCGGAUUCAUCAUGAUGGCAGUGUGCAGGAACGUCCAGACCUACGCUGCUGCCCAGGUCUUCUCUGCUGUCGGAGCCCAGGGAGUGAGCUACUGCGUGACCGUCUUCAUUGCAGAUACCUCCGCCCUCAGGAACCGAGCCCUCAUGCUGUCUUUCGCGACUUCCCCAUACAUCGUCACCACCUGGAUCGGCGGACCGAUGGCGGACAGCCUCCUGGCCGGUCCUGGCUGGCGUUGGGGCUUUGGAAUCUUUGCUAUCAUCACCCCUGUUGUGGUUCUACCGCUCUGCUUCUUGUUCAUAUGGAGCCAGAUCAAGGCGAAGAAGGCCAAUAUUUUGCCGGAGACUAGGACCAAGCUUACUUGGGCGGGGGUCAAGAAGUAUAUGAUCGAGAUCGACCUGAUCGGCAUCAUCCUCCUCGCCGGCGGCAUGGCUCUGUUCCUCCUCCCGUUCAGCCUCUACUCUUACCAGCACGAGAAGUUCAGGUCCGCCAUGAUCAUCUGCAUGAUCGUCUUUGGCGGCCUCCUGCUCAUCGCCUUCGUGCUGUACGAGAAAUACCUGGCCCCUGUCAAGUUCAUCCCCGUCAGCCUCCUCGCCGACCGCACCGUCUUCUUCGGCGGCAUGAUGUUCCUCUUUGUCUUCUUCAACUCGAUGGUGUGGGGCAGCUACUUCACGUCGAUGUUGCUCGUGGCCUGGAACCAGUCCGUCACCAAGGCGACGUACAUCAGCAACAUCUACCGCGUCGGCUCGUGCUUCUCGGCGCUCGUCAUCGGCGUCUUCAUCCGCUGGUCGGGCCGGUUCAAGUGGGUGGCGCUGUACUUCGGCCUCCCGCUCAUGACGCUGGGCGUGGGGCUCCUCAUCCACUUCCGCCAGCCCGACACGCCGAUCGGGUACGUGAUCAUGACGCAGAUCUUCAUCGCCUUCGCCGGCGGCCCGCUCGUCAUCGCCGGCGAGUUGGCCAUGAUGGCGCCGUCGGACCACCAGCACAUCGCCGUCAUCAUGGCCAUCCUCGACCUCUUCGGCAGCUUCGGCACCGCCCUCGGCGCCACCGUUUCCGCCGCCAUCUGGACGACCGUCUUCCCCGCCGCCCUGCGUCGCCACCUCCCGCCCACGGCGCGCAUCGACCGCAUCUACUCCAGCCUCACCCUCCAGCUCGCGUACCCCGUCGGAAACCCCACAAGGGCCGGCAUCAGCCUGGCCUACGGCGAUGCCCAGAAGUACAUGCUCAUCACCAGCACAUGCGCCCUGGGCGUCGCCUUCCUGUGCGUCCUGCUGUGGAGGGAUAUCAAGAUCACGGACAAGAGGCAGGUCAAGGGUCUCGUUGUUUAAGGGGGUAGCCAGCUGGAUGGUCUAUUUAUAUCAUCGGGCCGUGGAUUCAGACCCGACACUCUCUGCUCCUUGUCGUCGAAGUGCCCAUGUUGAGAUGCGGUUUGGGAUUGUUUCCG